CUUUCCUACCCUAAUCACAUAAUAUUUUAUAAUAAAUGAUGGGUGGAUCUCAUAGGUUGUUGCCUGUCAUACUUGCCGUAUAAAUACAACUGUUGCACAGCAGUAAUGACAGUGACAGAAGAGACUGGUUGGUCAGGUACCACAACAAUGACCAACAUGAAUCCAGCACCUAAGCCUCGGAAGCCAUUUAUUGUCCUGAGAGAGUUUACGACUGGCAAGCACAAAGUGGCCCCGGGGUCCAUAGGUUUCUUCCUAGACGGUGAACAAACUCGUGGGCGUAUCCUGGAUCUGCCAUCCCGCCCAGAAGUAUCUGUUAGGAGGAAUGCUGUGCAUGUUCUGGGAAGGAGAGACUCCGCCUUCUUGUAUGGGAUUGGGUCACUACCACGGCGGCUUCAUCUCCUCUCCAGUGAUAAGUUAUUUGCUGCUGUGUGCGGAUUACAAGUUAGUGAUGUCAUCAGAGUCAGAUACCAAGGUUAUGCCGCAGUGGGAGUGGCCACCGCUAUCUGGGAACUUUCUGCUAAAUCAGGACUCUGUGAACUUACCAAGUUAUUGAUAGAAGUGCAGUUACUGGAUGGGGAGUGCUUAAGUAAUGUCACACCACUGUUAAAGAUUGAUGCUGGUGAAGUUCUGGCCGUCAGCUCUAGUGUACAGCGCCAUCCACAGUACAGAGACUUUGGACACAGACUGGAUGAGAAAGAUAUUCACAGCGUAUUGGAGGACAGUACAAAGGAUCACCCCCCUGUACGUGAAUGUAAUGUUCUAGACAAGAUGGUUGGAUUGAGGAAUGGGAUCCAGGGACACUACAAUUCCUGCUACCUAGAUACCACCCUUUUCAGCCUAUUUGCUUUCUCUUCUGUUCUGGAUCCCAUCUUACGCUCUCCAGAUGUCUGUGAUGCCAAAGUACAACGCAUCCUUAGGGAGGACAUUGUGAACCCCCUCAGAAGGACUGGAUUUGUACAUGCUGAGAAUGUCAUGAAGCUCAGAAAACUGCUGCGAUGUGAUUCCUUUGUUACUGAAGAGAAAGAUCCGGAAGAAUUCUUCAAUGCCUUAUUACAUGAAGUACUUGCUGUGGAACCACUGCUGAAAAUACGUUGUAAUGGCAAGUCUCAGGAAAGUAACAGCUAUCAAAUAAUUGUGGAAAGAGAUGGAACAUUAAAAGUUCCCAGCGUCCAGACACUGCUGGAAAGAUCAUUUCAAUCCUACGAAAAUCUCAAGUUUGAUCAGGUUCCAUCGUGCCUUAUCCUUCAGAUGCCAAGAUUUGGAAAAAAGUUUAAGAUGUUUCCUUAUAUUUUUCCUUCCUUGGAACUUGAUAUCACCAAUAUGCUCUACACAAGAAGCCGGGUUUGUUGUCUCUGCCUAAGUCCUGCAGAGUAUGAAUGUGUUCAGUGUGUUGCAGACCCCCUCACCACAGAUGGUGACAUCCGCCAGUUCUGUCAAUUUUGUGAAAUGCAGGUUCAUUCACACAAACAGAUGAGUGAUCAUAAGCCUGUUAGGCUGGACCCCCAGAGUGAAGCGUCAACCACACGGCAAAAACUGGAGUUGUUGGCAGUUCUCUGCAUCAAGACCAGCCACUUUAUCUCCUUUGUUAAAUAUGGACCAGGCAAAAAUUCCUGGGUGUUCUUUGACAGCAUGGCAGGAAAAAUAGGCAAUGGAAUAGGUGCAAAUGUCCCUAUGGUUCGAACCUGUCCACAACUUGGGAAUUAUUUGUCAAUGUCGGAGGAGGAAUUCAGUGCUUUAGACUUCACAAAGAUGGACACCCUAUCUAAGAGAUUUUUCUCUGAUAAGUACAUGUGCAUCUAUCAGAGCCCAGAAAGCAGCAGGCAGAGCGGCUGAUGUUCCAUUUUCAGCAAUAAAGAACAGUCUAGAAAUAAAGUCCCUGCAUUCUAGUGAAUAUUAGAGCUACAAUAAUAUCUGAUCUGAAAUUUCAGGUGUGGCAUUCGAAAAUCUUCGCAGGCAAAACCUGUAGCUGGACUAACAACAAUUUGGAUUACUGCAGAGUUUGCAUUAAAAAAAUGACAUUUCAGUUAUUUCAUGACUAUGAAGUGAUUAUGUCCUCCUAGAAAAGGUUUGUGUUCUACAAAAGUAUUUUGCUGUACAUUGAAUUUUUGUGUUUUAUUAUUAUUUUAUACCAAUGCUCAAAAUGUUUGGCUCUCUGUGAUGCAAGCAGACAUGAAAACCUGGAGGACAUUCAAAGCAGAACUCCUCUUAAUUUUUGUUUAUAAUAAGAAUGAAUAGCCCAGAAAAUGUACAAUUAAAAAAAUAGAUUAUGCUGCAAUAGUCCAAGACU